AUGUUACAACAGGAAACAAAGCCCACAAACCAGCUCCAGUCUCUUGCUGAAGAACUCCAGUCUCAUAUACUGAGUUUUCUUCCUUAUCGAGACAUUCUUCGAUGUACAUUCGUAUGCAAGGCCCUUCGCCAGGCGUACACAUCGUGCUCCGAGCUUCAGUACAUUGUUGAGCUCGGUGGUCAACAUCUCCUCCCUAUCCCUCACACUUCUGACAAUCGCACUUCUAUUUCCAAGCGCCUACAACUCCUGAGGGAUAACGCCCACGCAUGGUUCAACUUUGAUAUCCACUCUCUCAAAACAGUCUCCAUACCAGUUCAUAACAAAAUGUGGGUUGUCAAUGGUCACCUUUGCCUGUGGGAGCGACAUCAUGACUCGACCACAAUUUUUUCAAUACUGCCGAAACCUUCCCAAUACACAAUCGAGCGUAAUGGGUCUCCGAUGUCGUUACGUUCAGAUCCCAAUGCAUACGGCUUCGAUGUGCUCAUGGACCCAGCGCAAAAUCUAAUUGCUGUCGUGUAUGCCACUGUCGACGAUGAUUUCCAGUGGGAUGACGAGAGGAUCUAUAUCGACCUCGGGACCCUGGAUGUGGGAGGUAUCCACCCUCAAGCUAUUGGACGUACAUUAUUUCGAUCAGAGCUGCCUGGAAUUCCGAGCGGUAAUCGCACUUCAACAGACUUGGGGAAAUUAAAACUCAAGUGUUUCGGAAGACAUAUCGCUCUGUGGCACUCCCGACAGAUCACUUAUGAAUACUUUGACGAGAGGCUAUGGGGGUUGCAGAUUUGGGACUGGCAGCACUCAGCAACGUCCAGUAGCAUCCUCAGUGCUACAAUAAACCCAGCGUGUGAGGAAGCAAUUGAUUUUUGCUUCCUCGGAAACGACAGGUUGCUUGUUUUUAGUGAUGACAUGAAGCUCUAUUUAAUCGAGGACACGUCCAAGGCGCCGCAGUUACUGGCUUGCUUCUUGUUGCCUGUAUCACUGACGAGAAUACAGUGCAUAUACUCAAUGGAUGAUAUUGCACAUACCUCGCAACCCCAGAAACUAGCCCAACAAACGAUGUGGGCUUUGGACCCUGAACAUCAGCUAUUAUCAAUUGUCACAUUCUCUCCGAGUCUCAUAUUCAUCAUUUCCACCACGAUUUUCUUCGAUCUCAAGUUGUUUGAAGGAAUACUAGAAGCAAUACCGUGGAAAAACUGGGGCCCUUUGAAUGCUCGUGUAUUCCAGACACCGAGCCGUUACAAUAUUUCCGUUGGUGGAAAUCGAGUCUUGUUGGCAUUUCCUGCAGAUGAGACGACUGGCAUCUGGCAUUCCCCCCAAAAGUAUAGAUUGCGUGUGAUGGACUUCAGCCCGUUAGCUGUCGAGCGUCGACAAGGUCUAGGACGAGUCAUGAAAGAGCCAUCUACGAUAGAAAUCACAGAGUCACGGACGGGAGAGAGCUUCAAGUUGGCGGAGAGCUUAACGACAUCCCUGCCAUAUGUCGAGGUUAUGUUGGACCAAGACAGAACAUUCGGAUAUCGUGGUUUUGAAAGGAUAUGGAUUGAUGCGGACAGAAUUUAUUUUUAUCAUGGAUCGAAUCAGCUCGAGGUCAUUGAGGUGACGUCAAGGGCUGCAGUUGCGGCAAAGCAUAUUACAUCGUCAAACUAG